CACAAAAUGGCCACCUCCAUCAGAGGCUGUUUCUCAGCCUUCAGACAUUUAGAACGACUUGUUUCGCGUUCUUUCAUUCAUACACAGUCAUUGGCAUACGCCAAGAAAAUGGUCGGAGGCAAAAUGAUGGGACAGGCCAUGGAGAAGGUGCGACUUGAAGUUGAAACCGAUGCCGAGAAGCUGGCCAAGUACUGCUGUGGUGCCAACAUUCUGACCAGUGGCUCCGAUCCCGAGAUAAAACCAGACUCAGAGUACCCGCAGUGGUUGUGGGAACUGCGUACUGAUAGAAAACCGCUCGAUAUUACCGAGCUCGACGAGAACGAUAUUCGCUACUGGAGACGACUUCGUAGUGUUACGAUCAAAAGGAAAAACAGAAUGCUUGGUGUGGAGAGAAUUAAAAAAUGAGUUACAUUUUUUAUUUAAUGAUUUUAAUAAUAACUUACUGUAUUUGGGACUACAUUUGUUUGAGUAGUGACUCUGCCAUCUCUGUAAUCAUGUGCUGUUGAUGAAAUAUAUAUUCGUGUAUUGUGAAA